AUGAUUCGAGCCUCGGCGCUCCUCCUCCCCGCCUCAGCAAAUCCCGUUCACGACGGAAGCACCGCGACCGCAUUCGCGCAUAGGCGCGCGCUUUUGCCCGCCGCGUCCGCUUCCGCUGUUCCGCGCGCGACGCUGCUGCGGAGAUCGGACGCCGGUGUGAGCGGAGGCGGGUGCUACGGGGGCAGGAGUGUGCGCCCUGGCGGGCCAGGGGGUGUGAUCGCGCCGAUAAGCCGGGGAUCGUCGGCAUUUGCACGCCCCAUGGGCGGCAGUAGAAGCGGAAGGAUCGCCUCUGCUGCUCCUGGUAGGUGUCCCCAAAGCGGGAGCUUUAAACGGGAUGAAAUUAGUUCAAGGGAGUCUUCGCGGGUUAACAAUACCAGCGGUGGUAGCAGAGGACGUUCCUCCGUUACAGUCACAUGCUCUGCGGGAGGAUCGCCCUCGGUUGUAGCACCACCCGACACGUCAGAUUCACCCCCGCGGAUCUCGAUCCUCUUUGCCGCCGGCGGCACGGGCGGCCACGUGUACCCUGCCAUCGCCAUCGCGGACGCCGUCCGAUCCCGCGAUCCAACGGCCGAGAUCAACUUCGUCGGAACCAAGGAGAGAAUGGAAUGGACGGCUGUCCCGCGUGCAGGCUACACGAUCCAUCCAAUCCCAGCCGUCAGUAUCCGUCGGCCGCUCCUCACCACCCUCUCCAAUCUCCUCGUACCGUUCCGUUUCCUCCGCGCGUUCUGCGUUUGCCUCCUCUUAAUCUGGCGAUUAAAGCCCGAUAUCGUAGUAGGCACGGGAGGGUACGUAUCCGCGCCGACUUGUCUAGCCGCCGCUAUCUGUCGCAUACCUCUCGUGUUACAAGAGCAGAACGCUUUCGCGGGAAUCGCCAAUCGCCUGCUUGGCCGCUUCGCGAGCGUCGUUUUCGUCGCCUUCGCCGUUGCCCAGAGGUUCUUUCCAACCCGGCGCUGCCACGUGGCAGGGAACCCCACGCGCGCCGUACUGCGAUCCGUGAGGGAAGAGCGGGAAGAGAAGCGGGAAGAAGCGAUCAGGUACUUCUUUCCACAUGCCGCAGCAGCUGCUGCCGCUGCUGGUGCUGAUGGCGUUGCUGCUGGUGCAGCUGCAACAGGAACAGCAGGAGGAACGGUGGGAGGAGCAGCAGCAGGAGGAGCAGCAGGAGGAGCAGCAGGAGGAGUGGGGCGGAGAACACAGGUGGUGCUGGUGCUGGGGGGCUCGCUGGGAGCACAACCCAUCAACACAGCCGUCGCAGGCACGCUGCAGCAGCUACUUGAUGGGUCCGGCGGUGUGGAGUGCGGUGCUGAAGGGUUGGAUGGUGUGCACAAUGGUGGGGAGGUGUUGGUGAUAUGGCAGGCGGGAGCACGGCAUGUGGGGGAGAUGAGAGCUCUUCCUCUUGCGUCACAUCCCCGCGUUUCUCUCUUGCCGUUUGUGGAUCGCAUGGAGCUGGCAUAUGCAGCAGCAGAUGUGGUGGUGGCACGUGCCGGUGCUGUCACGUGCUCUGAGCUGCUCGCUACGGCCACGCCCUGCAUUUUGAUACCAUCACCACACGUAGCAGAGGAUCACCAAACCGUGAAUGCACAUGCCAUGGUGCAAGCAGGGGCGGCUGUGAUGCUGCCUCAGGACCAGCUCUCCCCAGACUCUCUCCUCUCGGCUGUCACCUCGCUGCUUGCGGACAAAGCAAGGAGGGAGAAGAUGAAAGAGUGUGCAGCGGCUGCUGCCACUGCUGAUGCUGCUGACGUCAUGGCCCAGGAGGUGCUGCGACUGGCACAGCAGCAGCUGCACAGAAAAUCAAAGUCUAGAUUCACCUAG